AUGGUGGGAUACGAAACAUUACAGGUGGCGGGGAGCCUGGUGCUUCUCGCCGCCUCUCAGGCGUCUGCAGUCCAGAAUCAGGUAGCCGGCCGGGCUGACCAGGUGCCGCUAGGUGUUGGCGCCGACGCCGGCAUCAACCACCACAAGACGUCCAAGCCACUGGUCAGCACUGAGGCGCUCCAGCACAGCAUCAAGAGUGACAACCUUCUUGCCCGCGCCAAGGAUCUGUACAAGAUUGCCAAGCUGGGAGAGGAUGAAUACAACCACCCGACUCGAGUUAUCGGAAGUGAAGGGCAUCUGGGCACGCUCUCGUACAUCUACUCCAGUCUUGCUGAACUGGGUGACUACUAUACUCUGUCGAAUCAGUCCUUCCCGGCCGUUACUGGUAGAGUGUCUGAAUCGCGACUGGUGCUGGGAGAUAAGGUGCCAGAAUCGGCCUCGCCAAUGUCUUUGACGCCCCCAACGAAGGACAAGCAGCCCGUUCAUGGAGAUCUCAUAUUCGUUCACAAUAGUGGAUGUAAUGUCUCCGACUUUCCGACCGAGGUCGCUGGCAAUAUUGCCUUCAUCCAAAGGGGCACUUGCCCCUUCGGAACCAAGUCCGAAAAUGCCGGGAAAGCCGGUGCUGUGGCGGCUGUGAUCUACAACAAUGAGGAAGGACCGGUGCAUGGCACCUUGUCAACCCCGACGCCGGAUCAUGUCGCCACCUUUGGGCUUUCUGACGAAGAUGCCGCUCCUUUUCUCAAGGACCUGAAGAGCGGCAAGCGUGUUGAUGCCAUAGCCUACAUGGAUGCGGACGUGACCACAACCAUCACCGACAAUAUCAUUGCUCAAACGGUAAAUGGCGACCCGGAGAACUGUGUCAUGCUGGGCGGCCACAGCGACAGUGUAACCGAAGGGCCUGGCAUCAACGAUGAUGGCUCCGGUAGCCUGACUGUGCUCGAGAUCGCAACCCAGCUCACCAAGUUCGCUGUAAACAACUGCGUCCGCUUCGCGUGGUGGUCUGGCGAAGAAGAAGGACUUCUUGGGUCGGACUACUACGCAGCCGCCCUUUCGCCUGAAGAAAACCUCAAGAUUCGACUCUUCAUGGACUAUGACAUGCUUGCAAGUCCGAAUUUCGCGUACCAGAUCUACAAUGCUACGAAUGACGUGAAUCCCGUCGGAUCGCAGCAGCUCAGGGAUCUGUAUGUCGACUGGUACAGGUCUCAGGGCCUCAACUAUACCUUCAUUCCAUUUGAUGGUCGCAGUGACUAUGAUGGUUUCAUCAGGGCUGGUAUUCCUGCUGGUGGUAUUGCCACCGGUGCCGAGGGCGUUAAGACCAAGGAGGAGCAAGAGAAAUUUGGUGGCAAGGCAGGCGACUGGUUUGACCCCUGCUACCACCAACUCUGCGACGAUGUUAGCAAUCUCAAUCUCACAGCAUGGGAGGCGAAUGCAAAGCUCGUGGCCCACUCCGUCGCGACAUAUGCCGUUUCGUUCAAGGGAUUUCCUGAGCGCAGUCCUUUAGCAAGCUCUGCUGUUUAUGAGCAGACGACCAAGUACCGCGGGUCACGCCUUUUCAUCUGA